AUGAACACCGUGAACGCGUCCACUGGCUUCAGCAGCUUCCAUCUGCACUUUGGGCGCGCACCGUGCAUCAUUCCUCCUCUCACGACAAUGCCCUGUACAGUGUCCAAUGAGAGUGACAUCGACAUUGCACGCGCCAUCAUCAACCAACUCCACGAUGAUGUUGCCAAGGCCCGUGACAACCUGCUCGCCACUAGAGUCCAACAGGUGCAUGCGGCCAAUGCGAAACACAGUCCUGAGAUACCGUACAAUGUGGGGGACAAGGUGAUGUUGUCCACA